GUCCUCAGAGAGCCCGGAUGCGUGCGCAUCACCCCACCCAGCCACCGGGUGAAAUGUGGCUUCUGAACCUCCCUCUCCCACGUCCUCAGAGUUGCCGAGCUCAUGGCUUUCAGGGCGACCCCAGGCCGGACGCCGCCGGGACCCGGGCCCGGGAUCCCCUCAGUCAGCUUCCCCAGUCCACUGGCUCCAGUGCCCGGGCCUGGAGCUAUCGAAGAGGAGGACGAGGACGAGGAGGAGGAGCCGGCCGAGAUCCAUCUGUGCGUGCUGUGGAGUUCGGGAUAUCUGGGCAUUGCUUACUAUGACACUAGUGACUGCACUAUCUACUUCAUGCCAGAUGCCCCAGAGCACGAGAGCCUGAAGCUUCUCCAGAGAGUUCUGGAUGAAGUCAACCCCCAGUCUGUCAUUACAAGUGCCAAACAGGAUGAGACCAUGACUCGGUUCCUGGGGAAACUUGCCUCCCAGGAGCCCCAAGAGCCAAAGAGACCUGAGAUCAUACUUCUGCCAAGUGUGGAUUUCGGUCCAGAGACAAGCAAGCAGCGUCUCCUUUCUGGAAACUACUCAUUUAUCCCAGAAUCCAUGACUGCCACUGAGAAAAUCCUUUUUCUCUCCUCCAUUAUUCCCUUUGACUGUGUCCUCACGAUCCGGGCACUUGGAGGACUGCUCAAGUUCCUGAGUCGAAGAAGAGUUGGGGUGGAAUUGGAAGAUCAUAAUGUCAGCGUCCCAAUCCUGGGAUUUAAGAAAUUUGUAUUGACCCAUCUGGUGAGCAUAGAUCAAGACACUUACAGUGUUCUACAGAUCUUCAAGAGUGAGGCUCACCCCUCAGUCUACAAAGUAGCCAGCGGGCUAAAGGAGGGCCUCAGCCUCUUUGGUCUCCUUGUAACAAGUUCACUCCUAUGCAUACCCACAGGAAUCCUCAACAGAUGCCGCUGUAAGUGGGGACACAAGCUGCUCAGGCUAUGGUUUACACGUCCAACUCAGGAGCUAAGGGAACUCAAUUCUCGUCUGGAUGUCAUUCAGUUUUUCCUGAUGCCUCAGAAUCUGGACACUGCUCAGAUGAUGCAUCGUCUCCUGAGACACAUCAAGAACGUGCCUCUGAUUCUGAAGCGCAUGAAGCUGUCCCACACCAAGGUCAGUGACUGGCAGGUCCUCUACAAGACUGUGUACAGUGCCCUGGGCCUGAGGGAUGUCUGCCGCUCCCUGCCCCAGUCCAUCCAGCUUUUUCGGGACAUUGCACAAGAGUUCUCUGAUGACCUACACCACAUUGCCAGCCUCAUUGGCAAAGUGGUGGAUUUUGAGGAAAGUCUUGCUGAAAAUCGCUUCACAGUCCUCCCCAACAUCGAUCCGGAAAUAGAUGCAAAAAAACGGAGGCUGACGGGCCUCCCAAGUUUCCUCACUGAAGUUGCACAGAAGGAACUGGAGAAUCUGGACACUCGCAUUCCUUCAUGUAGUGUCAUCUACAUCCCUCUGAUAGGCUUCCUUCUCUCCAUCCCCCGCUUGCCUUCUAUGGUGGAGGCCAGUGACUUUGAGAUUGAGGGACUAGACUUCAUGUUUCUCUCAGAGGACAAGCUGCACUACCGUAGCACUCGAACCAAGGAGCUGGAUGCAUUGCUGGGGGACCUGCACUGCGAGAUCCGCGACCAGGAGACUCUGCUGAUGUAUCAGCUGCAGUGUCAGGUGCUGUCACGGGCUUCUGUCCUGACUCGGGUGUUGGACCUUGCCUCCCGCCUUGAUGUCCUGCUGGCUCUUGCCAGUGCUGCCCGGGACUAUGGCUAUUCAAGACCCCGUUACUCUCCCCGAAUCCAUGGAGUGCGGGUCAAGAAUGGCAGGCACCCUCUGAUGGAACUGUGUGCACGAACCUUUGUGCCCAACUCCACUGACUGUGGUGGGGUCCAAGGGAGAGUCAAAGUCAUCACUGGACCCAACUCCUCAGGGAAAAGCAUAUACCUCAAACAGGUAGGCUUGAUCACGUUCAUGGCCCUGGUGGGCAGCUUUGUGCCAGCAGAAGAGGCUGAAAUUGGGGUAAUCGAUGCCAUCUUCACCCGAAUUCAUAGCUGCGAAUCCAUCUCCCUCGGUCUCUCCUCCUUCAUGAUUGAUCUCAACCAGCAGGUGGCGAAAGCAGUGAAUAAUGCCACAGAGCAGUCUCUGGUCCUUAUCGAUGAAUUUGGGAAGGGAACCAACACGGUGGACGGGCUGGCACUCCUGGCUGCUGUGCUUCGACACUGGCUAGCGCUGGGACCCAGCUGCCCCCACAUCUUUGUGGCCACCAACUUCCUGAGCCUUGUUCAGCUGCAGCUGCUGCCACAAGGACCCCUGGUGCAGUAUCUGACCAUGGAGACCUGUGAGGAUGGGGACGACCUUGUCUUCUUCUACCAGCUUUGCCAAGGUGUUGCCAGUGCCAGCCAUGCCUCCUACACAGCUGCCCAGGCGGGGCUUCCUGACCAGCUCAUUGCUCGUGGCAAAGAGGUCUCAGACCUGAUCCGCAAUGGGAAACCCAUCAGACCCGUGAAUGAGCUUCUGAGGAGGAAGCAGGUGGAGAAUUGCCAGGCACUGGUGGCUAAGUUUCUGAAACUGGAUUUGGAAGAUCCCACCCUGGACCUGGGCAUUUUCAUGAGUCAGGAAGUGCUGCCAGCUGCCACCACCAUCCUUUGAGAGCCCUUUCUUCACCCUCUCAGCUACCAGACACCUGAGACCACCAUGCCCGCUCCCUUUCUUCUUUAGAUGCAGAGUUCUCAGCCUGCACAUUUUGUUUUGUAUUAGGAAUAAAGUUUAUUUUGGAUCAGAA